CUAGGGCCUGGCUCGCCCCAAGAACCUUCAUCCCCACAAGACCCUUCAUUGCCCCUAGGGCCUGGCUCGCCCCAACCGCCUGGGUCACCCCAAGAACCUUCAUUGCCUCUAGGGCCUGGGACACCACAAGGGCCAGGGUCGCCCCAAGAACCUUCAUUGCCUGUAGGGCCUGGCUCGCCCCUAGGGCCUGGCUCGCCCCAAGAACCUUCAUUGCCUCUAGGGCCUGGCUCGCCCCAAGGGCCCCAACAGCCUGGCUCACCCCUAGGGCCUGGCUCACCCCAAGAACCUUCAUCCCCACAAGACCCUUCAUUGCCCCUAGGGCCUGGCUCGCCCCAACAGCCUGGGUCACCCCAAGAACCUUCAUUGCUCCUAGGGCCUGGGUCGCCCCAAGGGCCCCAACAGCCUGGCUCGCCCCUAGGGCCCGGCUUGCCGCAAGGGCCUUCAUCCCCACAACAGCCUGGCUCGCCCCAAGAACCUUCAUUGCCUCUAGGGCCUGGGACACCACAAGGGCCUGGCUCGCCCCAAGAACCUUCAUUGCCUCUAGGGCCUGGGACACCACAAGGGCCUGGCUCGCCCCAAGAACCUUCAUUGCCUCUAGGGCCUGGGACACCACAAGGGCCAGGCUCGCCCCAAGAACCUUCAUUGCCCCUAUUGCCUGGAUCGCCCCAACAGCCUGGGUCACCCCUAGGGCCUGGGUCACCCCAAGGGCCUUCAUCCCCACAACAGCCUGGCUCGCCCCAAGAACCUUCAUUGCCCCUAGGGCCCGGCUCGCCCCAAGGGCCCCAACAGCCUGGCUCACCCCUAGGGCCUGGCUCGCCCCAAGAACCUUCAUUGCCUGUAGGGCCUGGCUCACCCCAA